UAAUUUAUUGACGAAUAGAGAGAAAUUUUUAAUGGAAACAUCAAACUCCACAAAUGUUUCAGAGGCGAUGGUAAUAGAGAUACUAGCGAGGUUACCAUUAAGAAGCAUCUCCAGAUUCAAAUUGGUGUGUAAAACAUGGAAAUUGGCAAUAGAAUCUGUGUAUUUCCGCCGUCUCUUUGUAUCUCUGCACCAAAAUUCCUCUUCCUCUUGGUCACUACUGUGCGGAAAAAAAGAACUCAUAAACCUGCAUGGAUGCGAGACAUGGGGUCUUCCAAAGUCUCUAGCUUCGUAUUUUCCGAAUACUGUAACCGGUAAUUUAUGUUAUGCGGCUUCUUCCUCUGGAUUGGUAUUGAUGCACAGGUCUAAUGAGGCUUCCUAUGUGGGUAAUCCAGUAUUACAACAGUGGCUUAGAAUCCCUGUCCCUCCAUAUCCAUAUGUCACUAUUGUCUUAGGUUUGGUGAUGCGCCUGGACGAGGACGGCAUUGUUCUGGGCUUCAAGGUCGUUAAGUUGGCUUCACUGGUACCGAGGAGAGACGAAUCAUCAACUUGUUUGUGUCUGUGUUUGUAUUCGUCUGAGACUGGCAUAUGGACUUGCAAGCGACUUCACUGCCCGCGUUACUUCACCAGCCUCUCUAGUCCUAUGAGUCUGAAUGGGACGCUUUAUCUAUCACAAACAAGUUUCGAUCUUGCUGCUCAACCUGGAGCACUUAUGGCUCAUGAUUUCUAUUCUGAAUCCGAUCUAUGCCGGGUCAUACUUCUCCCCGAUCAUAAUCUGAAUCACAACCGGGACUUUAAAAGAGGUUUGACUACAUCCAGGGGAUCUGUCAUGUAUAUAAAAACAUUAGCUCAACAGGGAGACAAUCUUUUGAAGGUUUGGAGGUUGAUGAUCAAUGAUUCAGAGGAUGAAAGCUGGCAAAUUCUGUGGGAAAUCCACGUCCCGUUUGAUGAUAUCAGAUAUUAUGUACCCAUGGCAAUGCAUCCAUUUGAUGACAAUAUUGUCUAUUUAUGGAGUCAAGAAAACAAUUAUUUGGUAUCAUGUAACUUGCGAAGACAAACCUACAAGAUCCUUGGAGAUGAUGAUCAUCAAGAUUGUUAUAUAAACCAGUCUAUUUGUGAAAAGUAUAUGGAUCGUACUUUUAGAUCAAGCUCAGCUCGAGAGUAUGGUGUACUGGUCAAACUAUUACAAUUCGUGCUCCCACAAUGGAUGGAAUCGUUGCCUCGUCCUCCACAAGUCGACAUGAUAGAUACAACUUCAAUGCUUUUUCACAUUUCUUCCCUGCCGAGAAAAGAAGAAGAAUAGACGCAAACAUUGGUUUUUGGAUUCAAUGAUUUCAGUAUGGUUUUCGGUUCUUCCCUUUCUUUUUUUUUUUGUUUUUGUUUUGUUCUUUCUUCUUUUCUCAUCUCUUGCUAAUAAAAUUGGAUUUUUCGU